CAUAAAACAGAAGCACACAGCCAGAAUCUUGUGCAUACCCGGAUAAGACGUCGACGAUCUCGCGUGUUAACACUUCACUCUUCGUUGAACAUCUUGCAACUGCAUCGCCAUGGAUGAUCUGACCAAGGACCAAAUCGCUCUGCUGAAGAAAGCCUUCGAUGCGUUCGACCACGACAAGAAAGGCAGCAUCGGCACAGACAUGGUGGGAACGAUAUUGACCAUGUUGGGCUACGAGCUCAGCGAGAAGACACUGAAAGAGAUCAUUCAGGAAGUCGACGAAGAUGGAUCCGGUUUGCUGGAGUUCGAGGAGUUCUGCACGCUGGCUGCGAGAUUCUUGGUGGAGGAGGACGCCGAGGCGAUGCAGCAGGAAUUGCGAGAAGCUUUCCGAUUGUACGACAAAGAAGGGAACGGCUACAUCACGACGGCCGUGUUCCGUGACAUUCUACACGAGCUGGACGACAAACUGACGCCGCAGGAGCUUGACAUGAUGAUCGAGGAGAUUGACGCCGACGGCUCCGGGACGCUUGACUUCGACGAGUUCAUGGAAGUGAUGACCGGCGGUGACGACUAAUAAUCAACAGGACAAUCCGGACUACGAUUGAAGCUCGGCGACACUUCACGCGAUCGUCCUUCGAAGCUUUCCGUCUCUCGCCGAAUUCCAAAGGAAACGAUAAACGCACACCGGUCGAUUGCUGUGAAAACUAGAGCGCAACUCUCUCGGUCGGCCGGCGAGCGUCUCGGAGCCCCGUGUGCCCGGGACGAGAAAAAUGAGGUUCAAUAAAAAGACUCCUACCAACACUGAAA